AUGUGCGUCGUCCAGACCAUCAAGACCUUCUGGAUUGAGGAAGCGGCAUCUGUUCCCAGUAUCUCAGAAGAGGAUGAAAACUACUGCUACAUGGGGUGCUGUCCGAUAACUAACAAUGAGGAAGUCUCCCCACAAAAGGAUAACCAUCGGUCAGUCUGCGGUUCUUGUGGGUGCACCCCACUAAAUGCCUGUGAGCAGGCCGUUCCACCCAUCAUGGAUACAGUAUGCUAUACCAAAUCCGCGCAUCCCUCAGUGGAAGUUUGUGCACAUGUGAGAUAUACGAAGGGCGUACGUAAAAAGAAUGUCCUUGGUAACCCCAACUGUACCUUGGAUAUCACACGACAUUCACGUGGGGUUCUUGUACUUGGUUGGAAAUACUGA